AUGGAAUCCAACCCUUCUCUCGAUCUAAGUUUCGGCACCUACACCAUUCCUUCGCCCGCCGAGAAGCCUAUUCCGUACCUCGUCACAGCAUUCCUCUUUGUGAUCUUGGUAUAUGCCGUCGGUGAUCGCGCCCCCAAGCUCCCGGAGGUCAACCCCUUGAAGGCCUUCGAGUUCACCAACCGACGGCGCAAUGGCGAGUUUGUCCACCAAAGCAAGGAGAUUGCACUCAAAGGAAAGGCGGUCUUCGGAGAUAACCCGUUCAGGAUGCACACAGAAUGGGGCGAGGUCGUCGUCUUGCCACCUGCUUUUAUGCAGGAACUACGCAACGACCCAGGGCUGGAAUUCUCCGAUACUUUAGUCGACGACGCUCAUGGUUACAUCCCUGGGUUUGACCCAUUUGACGGCAACCCUGCAAUAUUGACAAUCAUCACGAAAUACCUAACGAAGGCACUUGCCAAACUUACGAAACCCAUCUCCAAAGAGGCAACGCUUGUUCUCCGUCACGUUCUCACCGACUCAACAGACUGGCACCAGAUCACUCCCCGUGAUGACAUUAUCCGCAUAGUAUCCCGCCUCUCCUCCCGAGUCUUCAUGGGCGAGGAGAUCUGCCGGGAUGAAGAAUGGGUCCGCGUCUCCGGUUUCUACAGCGGCGCUGCCUUCGUGGUCGGUUGGGGCUUGAGCCAGUGGCCCCGAUGGGCACGACCCAUCGUCCACUGGUUCCUCCCUUCCUGCUGGUACGUCCGCCGCCUCCUCGCCGAGUGCCGCAGCACCCUGAAACCCCAUCUCGAGCGACGGAACGCGCGCAAGGCGGCGGCCCUGGCACGUGGUGAGAAAGAUCCCAUCUUUGACGACUCCAUCGAGUGGUUCGAGAAGGAAUGCACGGCCAAUUACGACCCGGUCAGAGAGCAGAUCACCAUGUCUCUCGUCGCGAUUCACACUACAAGCGAAUUACUGCAGCAGACCAUGCUUGAUCUGGCGAGCCACCCGGAGCUGUUCCAGCCCCUCCGGGAAGAACUCGUUCGCGUGCUGAGUGCCGAAGGCCUGACGACGACGGCAUUCCACAACUUGAAGCUUAUGGACAGCGUCAUCAAAGAGUCGCAGCGAAUGAAGCCUGUACUCCUCUCGACCUGGCGCCGCUUCGUCAAGGAGGACAUCGAGCUAUCCACCGGCUUCGUCCUGCGCAAGGGUCAAAAGAUCAUCUGCACCAACGCCCACAUGUGGGACUCUCAGUACUACGAGAAUCCGCAAGAGUACGACGGCUACCGCUUCCUGAAAAUGUGCGGCACCGACGAGGAGAAGCUCGCCUACCUGGUGAACACCAGUGCGAAACACCCCGCCUUCGGUUACGGCCACCACGCGUGCCCGGGCCGCUUCUUUGCCGCCAACGAGCUCAAGAUCGCGCUGGCUCACUUGCUGUUGAAGUACGACUGGAAGCUGCCCGCCGGGUGCAACCCCCAGCCUAUGCCUUACGGUAUGGCGCUUAUGCCCGAUCCCAGCGCGUUGUUGUUGAUUCAGCGGAGAAAGGAGGAGAUUGACCUGGACUCUUAA